AUGCCCACCUCAAAUACGUCAAAUACGUUGAAAGAGCAUGGAAACUACGGCAACAAUCUUUCGUCUCGUUAUGCUGAAGUGCCGAACAUUGUCGACUUGAAGGGUAUGAAAAAUGACGGACGGAGCCGAACUGUGUUCAAGGACAACGACGCCUCGGCGAAGAUGCAGCUAACCAAGUCAGGCGAUAAAACCAGUCCGCCACUUCACUUUAGUAAGGAAUUGUGGUUGGAUGAAGGCGAAUUGUGGAAUUUAUAG